AUGGCAGGGGAAGGGGACGGCGCGGAGGAGAAGACGAUCGUCGUCGGAGCGGGAGAGCAGGAGGGGCAGAUCGUCGUCGCUGGAGCAGCGUACGAGGAGGAGGAGGUGGACGGCGGAGGAGGAGCCGCAGCAGACGAGGAGAGCGGCGGGGGCGACGGCCAGUUCAUCAUUCCGCCGCCGGGGUUCCGGUUCAGGCCGAGCGACGACGAGCUCAUCAGGUACUACCUGCUCCCCAAGCUGCAGGGCCGGGGCCACGCGCCCAACAGGGCCAUCAUCGAGCACAACGUGUACCAGUGCCACCCGGACGAGCUCACCGGGAAGUACAGGGGCCGGGGCGAGGGCAAGAGCUUCUACUUCCUGUCGCCGAGGGUGCGCCGGUACGACAACGGGGACCGGCCGCGGCGGGACACGGACGACGGCCGCGGCCGGUGGAAGGUGUCGACGGGCAAGAAGGACAUGGGGGAGGAGAAGAAGGUGGCCGGCGACGGCACGACCCGCUACUGCAUGAGCGUGCUCAACUACUUCGAGAGCCCCAGAGGCGGCGGGCGCAAGUCCGAGUGGCUCAUGAGAGAGCUCACCGUCCCGGCGUACGAGAUCAAGCUCCCCAAGGACGGCGGCCCUGGAGGCAAGACGUUGGAUAGGUACGUGAUGUGCAAGAUUUACCUCAAAGACGACAAAGGCGACGACGACGAGGAGGCAGGGCCCAGCAGCGCCUCGCCGCUGCUCCUGCACGGGCCGGUGGAGGGCGACGAAGGGGCGACGUCGGCGGAGCUUCCUAAGCUUUCGAAGAAAAUGGCGGGCAAGAGGCCCAAGCAGCCGGAGACGGAUGAGAUGCGCGAGAAGCGGGUGCUUCAACAGAACCCUGAUGGGGUUCACGCAGCAGCAGCAGCAGCAGCAACAACUUGCGAUGGCGUCCACGCACCAGCAGCGGCAGGCGAUGGUGUUCAUGAUGCGCCAGCAGCAGCAAUGGAGGAUGUCGUUCAUGAUGCACCAGCAGCAUACUUGGGCGGCGCCAACGCCGAUUACUAUCACCACGAAGGGGCCAUGGUCCUCCCGACGGCGAGCAGUUCUCCAGGAGAGGCGGCGCUGGUAACAGCAGACGGUUCGCCGGUCAGCACGGUGGUGUCUGUGGAGGGAAACGAGGAGGGUAACAACGGGGAUUGCAGCAGCCAUGGUCGGGGGGAGUCUGCGGGCGGGGUGACGGCACCGGCAUCGGCACCGGCAGAGGGUGAUGGCCCCCAGCAUGCAUAA